AUGGAAUCUUAUGACACUGAGUACACUGCUCACUUGAGUCCAUUGGUACUUGUCCAGGGGAUUGGCCAGGGGUUUGACGGUGGUGAAAGUAAUGCUGGUGAUGGUAAUGAUGCUGGUAUUAAUGGUGAACUAUUAUUCAGGAAACAAGAUCAAUUGAAAAGAUCACCUGCUGUUAAAGGGCUAGUUUCCUCUUGGAGGAGAUUACACAAUGAAGAUUUGAUUUGGGACUCAACAGCUAUCAAUUCUGAUCUAUUACAAUCUGAUUCUUCAACAAGCUCAUCAUCAAUUACUGAUAAAUUUCAUUUUAAAAUUGUUGAUAAACAUUAUAUCCCAAAAGUUAAAGAUCUUGAUGAUUCAAAUACUCAUUUCCAAUUACCACAACUCGUGUUAACUUCUCAAUGGAUCCAAAAAUAUAAAUCUAUAUUACCUUCAACUGUGGUAUCAUUCUAUGAAUUAAAUCAUAAUUAUACUGACUUAAAAGAAAUUGAAAAAAUUGAUUUGGAAUUAAUUUCUGAAAUUAAUAUGCUUCAAACACAAUUACAACAUAGACAUAUUAAACCAUUGAUAAUAUUAGUUUCCUCAUCAUCUUCAAAUGUUGAAAUGGGGAUUAAUGAAAGAAUUUCCAUUAUAAGGAAACAAACUGGUUUAAAUAAUAAAAAUUGUUUAUUAUUAUUGGAAUCUUCAACUCCAAAAGAAACAAAUGAAGUAUUCCAAAAUUCAAUCCAGUUUAUUAAAAUUUCAAAUUUAGAAUUUUUUAAUCAAUUAGAGAAAAAAUUCAAAAAGAAAAGAUCAACUUUUUUAAAUUAUUCAAAAGAUGAAUUUUCUAAAAAUAUAAUUGAAGCUCGUUAUUCAUUGAAAAAUGGGUUUAUAAAUGAAUUCAAGAAACAAUAUCCACAAGCUAUCAAAAAUUUCCAAUUUAGUUAUGAGUUUUUAUUGAAAACCUUAAAUACAAUAUCAUCAAAGGAAAAUUCAGAAAUUUAUAUUCAAUAUAGAAUUUUAUUAGAUAUAACAAUGUUUCAUAUUAUAAGAUUAUUUUUUUACCAAGGGCAAUUUAAUCAAGCUUACAAGAAAUUUGAUUUACAUUUACAAAGUAUUAUUUAUCAAAUUAAAUUACAAAAAUUUAAAAUUAAUUCAUUUAAAGUUUGUAAUUGGAUUUCCUCACAAUUUAAAAUUUUAGCUCAAUUAUCUGAUUUGGUUACUCCAAAUAAUCUUGUUCCAAUUGAUCAACCUUUUUUAUCAAAUGAAAAAGAUCCUCAUUCACCAUUGGUACUACCACAAUCUGGUUAUCUUUAUUUACAAGCUUUUAAUUUAUUGAAGAAUGGUGGAAAGUAUGGAGAAAGUGAAGAUGAUGAUCCAUAUCCAGUGAUUAUAGAACAUGAUAAGACAUCAGAAUACAUUAAUUUAUUAAAUUUUUCUAAAUUAUCAUUUCAAAAAAAAGAUAAUUCAUUUUUAAGAAGUAUUUCAUUUAUAAAUUUUCAAAUUGCAGAAGAAUAUUUUGCAAAUAAAGAAUAUGAAUCAUCAUUAAAAUUUUAUGAAAUUUCAUUAGAUGCUAUUAAAGAUUUUAAUAAUUGGGGAUUCAUAUCAAGUAAAAUUUAUUAUAAAUUAUUAAUUUGCUUUUUAGAAUUAGGGAAACAUUAUGCUUUUAUUAUAAAUUUAAUUGAAAUUUCUUUAUUUGAUAAUCAAAUUCAACAAUUAAAUAAUAUUAAUGAUAUUAAAGAAUUAAUUAAUAAUGAAGAAAAAUUACCAAAAAUGUUACAAAAUGUUAAUGAAGAUAAUUUAUUAAUUAAUUUAUCAACUGAUGAAACUUUUGAUAUAUUGGUUGGGAAAGUUUGUUUCCAUGAAAAAAUUAUAACUUUAUCAAAUGAAUUAGCAUUCCAAAUUGAAAUUCAAUCAAAUUUAAAUGAGAUCUUGGGGGUUGUUAAAUUUAAUGAAUUAUUAGUAACAUUCCAAGGUAAUAACUUAAAUGAAAUUUUAAUAAAACAUGAUGAUUCAAUAAAAUCAAAUUCAGUUUCUUAUUUAAAAUCAAAUGAUAAAACUGAUGAUAAUAUUCCAAUUUUUUAUACAAACCUUGAAUUCAAUCCAUUUGAGAAAAAAGUUUUCCAAUUUAAAUUACCAACAAGGAAAAUUGGUGUAAAUUCAUGUAUUUCAAUUUCAUCAAUCUUGGAUUAUAAUAAACUUUUCCAAAUAAAAUUAAAUAUCCCAUUGAAAAAUUAUAAUAAUGAUAAUAUUAAUAAUUUAAAUUCUUUACAUAAAUGGUAUCAUCAGGGGAAAUCAUUGAACAACUACAAGAUUAUUUCAAAUUUAAAUCCUGAAACUUAUGAAGUUAUACCAAGGAUACCUAAGACUAAGAUUAAUAUUGGCGAUAUUGAUGAUGAUGAAUUUGGUAUUGUUGGAGAGGUUUUCAAAAUUCCGGUAAAAAUUUUAAAUAAUGAUCAUGAAUCUAUUGAUUUAGAAAUGGAAAUUAGUGCAAAGAUUGGUGAUGAAGAAAUUGAAAUUAAGUGGGAUGAUCAAGGUGAUGGUCAAUUAAAAUUGGAAGAUGUUGAAGUUGAUAAAGAAAUUUUAAAAAAUAUUAAUUUAAAAAUUCCAAAUUUUUUCACAAUGGAAAAUUCAAUAAUUUUAAUUAAAUUGAGUUAUACUUUUUAUGUUUCCAAAGAUUAUGAAGUUCCAAUAAUUAAACACCUAACUAAAAAAAUUAAAAUUAUUGAUCCUUUUAAAAUUUCAAUUUCAUUUUUACCAAGGUUAUUAAAUGAAUCAUUACCAAAUCCAUUUAUUAUAAACUCAGAUGAUCAGGCUAUACCAAAACCUUCAAGAUUUUGGUUAGCUAGUUUAAUUAUAUCAAAUACAUUACCUUUAGAUUUGGAAUUGAUUGAUGAAACUAUAGUGUUUAAAACUACAGAUGAUGAUAUGAUGAUCAAUGAGUUUAAAGAUAAACUAGUAACGUCCAGAGAAAAUGAUGAAAAUCAAGAUAAAUUAAUUUCAAAUCAUUAUAUUGGAACAAGUAUAAUCAAAGAUGGAACAAAUUAUAGAAAUAUAAAUUUUAAUUCAAAUUUAGUGGUAAGAUAUAAAAGAUUAAAUUCAGAUACGGUACUACAAACAUUUAAAAAUAAAAUAUGGAAAUUUUCAUUACCAUUAUUAGAUCCAAGAGUAUUAUUAGAUGUUGAAAGACCAACAAAUGAAGAUAAUAAUAUAAAAUUAAUAUUUAUGAUUGAAAAUCCAACUUCUAGAAUUUUCCAAUUUCAAUUAACAUUGACAGAUAAUUCAAAUUUCCAAAUAACUUCAGGUGUAAAGACACAAAAUGUAUCAAUUUUACCUAUAACAAGACAAAAAUUUGAAUUUAAUUUAAUUCCAAUGAAUAAUGGGUUGUUGAGCUUACCUCAAUUAACAGUAUAUGAUUUAAAUUAUAGAGUUAAUUUACCAACUUUAUUAGUUAGUGAUGAAGUCCAAUUGAAGAAUAAGGAGAUUUAUAUAAAUAUUGAGUGA